AUGGCCACUCGACUCAAUGAUCUUUUCCGGAUCGUAGGUUUCUCAAUUUUUGGCUUCAUUUUUUUCAAGUCUUGAUUUUACCUACUUUCUAAACUUUUUGAUAUGCUUUUAAACUCUGUGAAUUUUAAUUUUUCCGACAGAUCGGUAUUUUUUUGGUAAUAAAUGUAAAGAAUUUUGAAGAUUUGAAAAAAGGUCCUAGACCGAAACUAGUAAUUUAUGGUUGAGAAUAUUAAAAAAACAAAAAUAAUAAUAAAUUUUUUUGGUCUUUUGAUUGAACGCUUGUAUUCAAAAAAAUCGUUAAAGUCUUUCUUAACGUCUUCACUUGUUUUCGAUGAUCAGUUUGAUUAUGUCUGGUUUAAAAUCGGGAAACUAUCAUAUAUUUAGGAGAAAAUCAACUUAUUAUUUCGCGAGAGAACUUUUUCAACUUUUUACUUUUAAUAAAAAUUGGCUGAAUGCUGCCUCAGGACCUUCUAAUCCCAAACAGAAGAAAAGUUUUUCGAUUCUCGGGUAAUUUUAAAUUUCGGAGAAAAGCGUUAUUUGAAGCUUGAGAAGCGUCAUAGAGCCAGAAAAAUAAUUUUCUUUCUUAAGAGUUACGAGGUAAGGAAAUUGUAACAGUUUUAUAGAAAGAUUAAUGAAAAAAAUCUGAAAUAUUCUAUUUGAAAGAAAAAAACAAAACUUUCCAUCUGGGCGGGAUCUGAGCUAGCGACCGUUUGAACGUUAGAAAAAAGUUUUGUCAACUGAGCUAUGAUACGAUCGUAAAUAUGAACCUCGAACCGAAGCUUUGAUUGUAAGUAUUCAUUCCGGCAGGCUCAUGGCUAGGAUACGUUUCUGAAAACAUUUAUAUGAUGAACAGUUUUGUAAUUUCUAAUGUAUAACUACUACUUUUCUGUAUCUUGAAUUCCAAUGAAUAAUAAAAAACUAGAGGGGAGAAUUUUAAUUUUCCGUUUCAGAAUGCGACUUCCAUUGUUCAUGAAGUGAUUCGGGACGCGUUCGUUGCCUCGAAACUCCAAAAUUACACGGACGCCAUCAAUGAGUUGGAUCAGCCGCCGGCCUGGCAAAGUUGGUUGUUUUUAUGGAUAGAUAAGCUUCCUUCUAUUCUUCCGAGGUUUUCGAGAAUGUAUUCGUUUUUUUUUUUCGACUGCUCUACCUUGAAUAUGACACCGUUUUUUCAAGAGAUGGUAAUGUAAAUGAGCUUCCCAGUACCUUUCAUAGUCCGUUUCCUUUGCGAAACACUUUGAAAAACUCAUUUUUGGUGAGGAAAGGGCUCUGAAUUUGCUUCUUUCAAAUGAGUUAAACUUUAUAGUAAAAUGAAUAAUCAAAAAAUAAAACUUUAUUCACCGUUAGCUAGUAAUAAGACACGUUUCAAAGGUGUCUAAGCCUCCUUUUUAAGCAUUUUCUUUCGAUAUUCGCAUUAAUACCCUUUUUUAAAUGUAUUAUUAAGGUACUGGCUUUCUUAGCUUAACUUUAAUUACAUUUUAAUCCAACCGCACCGCGACCGCGACGCGUUGAACGUUAUGCGAUAAUACCAACUUUUAAAAGUGUCUUUUCGGCACGUUUUGUUUUCGCAACGAGGUAAAUGUAUGUGGGAAAAAGGGUGCCGCUUAUCUGCCUUCAUGAGUUGUUUCGGCGGGACCCCGAGAAAAAUCGUCCAUCAUUCUGGUGUGCCGCGAAACACAGCGCUUCUCCGGCGAUUACCAUCUGAAAAGAAAAAUCUUUUGCGAAAACUGACUCCCAUAUAAAUUCUUUUUUGUCCCUUUUCCUUGUUCGUUCAGAUUGGUCAGCAAUGAUGUCACUUUCUGAAAGAAGAUCAAAAAAGAUCAAACUAGGCUUGGAAGCUCGAAAAAUUCUCUCUGCAAGUUUAAGAAAGAAAAAAAUUAUGGAAGUUACAGUAACUCAACUUUGAGUUUUUGUGAAGGAAGUUUAGAUUCUAGCUUCAAAAAAGCAAAACUUUAGUUUAAAUUCAAUUUAUUUUUUCUUUUCUAUUGUUCAUAUUAGUGGUUGAAUAUCUUCAUCUUGAAGAAAAGAGUGGAAACUUUCUAAAAACUGAUUUAUCCAAAAUGGGAAGCUACCGUAACGUUAAUGCGAAAUUUCACUUUACAGCCUGUUUUGUUCUCUUUGCUGAAAAAAAAUUGACGAUUCAAUUUUUUUCUUUCUAUGUAAUUUCAAGUUCAUAUUUAAUUAAUAUUAAUUAAUCUUUGGUUGCUUCAUUUCAAAUGAGUUUCUAAAAAUGAUGAAAAAAACAUAAGACUUUUAAACGAACUUUCAGUAUUCAGGGCAAGUCGGAUGUUUUUAUUGUCACAAAAAAAUCAAUUUUUUUCGUCUCUAUUUUUUUCUUACAAAGAAAAAAACCCUGGUUCCGGUGUCCCUAUAAUUCCCAAAUAACCGUGAGAAAACUGGUUCAGUAUGUGUUCUCUAAUUCCUUCACACCUUUUUUUUCCAUGGAAACGUGUUCCAGUAAUAUUCGAAAGUGACAUCACUUCUGAGUGACCAGCCUCGCAGAAAAAAAAAGAUUCUAUUUUCAAACUCGAAAAUAAAUAAAAACACAAAACUGGGGCAGAGGGGAGAGAUCUCUUUGCAGAUUAUUUUAAAUUUUCGUGUUAUUCCAGUUUUUUUUCAAGCAGGUUGAUACUGUAAAAAUUCUCAUUUUCUCAUAAUUAUUCUCAGACACUAAUGAGGGUAGAUUGAGGUUUUUUUAAAAGGCCUCUCAGGCGAUUUUUAGUCAUUAAGGGAUCGCUUAAGUGACGUCAAAACCAAAAAAAAAUAGGGCGUAAUUGUUUUUGAAGCACAUGGAUUUUUCAACUAUCAAGUCUUUCAAGUCAUAGCUUCAAAAUCGAUUUUUCUAUGAUAAUUCAGCAUGGGGCGUCGGGAUCGCCAUCAUCUCUGGCUGUUCAUUUUCGGCACCUCUGGGAAUUCUGCUUCUUCCCUGCUUCACCAAGACGAUCUACGAAAGGAUCAUGACUUUUCUAGUGGCCCUUGGGAUUGGCGCCUUGUCUGGAUCAACAAUAUUCAUCAUGCUCCCACAGGUUUUGAUUGUUCCAAUCAACUCAAGUAAGAUGUUUAUUCACUGCAAACAGUACAAAAAUAUUGAUAUUAUUAGAAAAAAAGUUCAUUUAUUUAAAAAAGGACACAGAAAGAUACUUUCUGAGUGGUGGAACUUUAACUCGAAUAGCCAAAAACAUUGAAAAUCCCGAAAAAUGGGCCCUUAAGUCAUAAGUUCUGUUGUGGACAAAUAAAAGAGCACAAAGUUUGAUUGGCCUUUUAUCGACAGGUGAGACUUUUAAAUGAAUCUAAUUAACGUCCCUGGCGUCAAUAUGCUGAAUGGUAUCUCUGAAAAAGACGUUUUCCAAAACAAAAACAGUAGCGUGGUUUGAGGAAAUGACCACAACACGAAAAUAAAACAGAUUUUUGUGAAGAGCCACUUGAAAGUCUUUCGAGCGACGGACAAGCUUACGCAAGCAUUUUUUGGUUUGAAAAAUUCCCAGAUUAAAAAUGGAGUCAGUGUUAGAUUGACAAUAAUGUUUGCAAGAUUAAGUUUGGAAAAAAUCAAUGAUUUUUUUUGUUUUCUGAACCUUUGAACUCGCAAAAGGAAAAACAAAUAAAUGAACAAUCUUAUGAAACUUCUAAAACCUUCAGGCAUUUCACUUGAACGAGCUGAAUGAUUUCGAUUAUCACUCCAAGUCGAUGAUCAUCCUCACGGCAAUCUACGUCUUCUUCACUGUAGAUCGGAUUCUCCAGUAUGUCCUGGAGUUGAGAAGACGUCACAGCGCCAAGCGGAAAAUCCACUCCAAAACCAUCGCCUCCAUCAUUAAUUCGCCCCAAGUUGAAAGGCGGCCGACGACUGGGGUAUGUGUUUUUUUGAAACGUGCUCGGAUCUUAAAAAGCUCUUCUUUGCAAGAAAAUCAUAAAUUUCACCUUGAUCCUUUGAAGACCAAACCACGUUUUCUAUCUUUUAAUAUUGAAUUGUAUAACACUUCCGGUGUUUUAUUUUGAGUUCUCUAAAACCAAGGCCAUAAAAAUUUGGAUGAAAGCAUUUCAGAACAAUGGAUCCAGUUCAAAUGGAAAUGUGGAGAAACCGGCGCCCAACAUAGAUAAUUGUAAUGAUCUGGAGAAGCAGGAGAUUUCCGAACUUGCUGUCAGUUUUUUUCUCUGAAAUUGGCAAUGAAAAUUGAUGUUUCAGGAUGAACUGGAUGCAGCCUUGGCAAACAAUAUUCUGGCUAGAACGGUAUAAAAAAACUUUAUUUCCGAAAAAAAAACUGUUGAAAAAUGAAUAUAGAACUUUUUGCAUUUUAAGAGCCUUGAAAAAAAUUUUUUUAAUAAGAGAAUGAAUUGGAGAAAAAUUGCUGGCUUGAUCAAUAUUUAGAGAAAUGGUCUUAAAACGAGAAGUUCAGUGCGGGAAAAUAAGAAAAAGGUUUUUUAGUGAAAUUUUAUUUUUAUGACAAGCUAGCGCUCAAAUAAGUAAUUAGAUGAUUUAUGGAGUAGUGAGCCAUUUUUUUCUGUGCACUUGAAAUUUUAAAAGAAUUUUUUUACAAAAAAAUUUUUAUAUAAAAAAAUCACUGCCCUCUGCACCUUUUUCUCAGUGAAUUUUCCUGCAGUUCUCGACACGUCGACGUAUUGCGGUGAUGACUGGCGUGGACGACAUUGAAUUCCGGAAGGCUAGUGGCCAAAAUAAUAAUGUGAGUUGUAGGAGUUUCUGAGAAUUCACGGCUUGGAAAAGAUUCUGAAGAAACCUUUUUCCGAGCUCACUUUCCAUCAGAUUUCCGGCAAAAGUUUUAUUUUCGAGACUAAAACUCUUUCACGCUUUGAAGUUCUUGUGAAUCUUUAAAAUCAAAGAAAGAUGGUUGAUUUGAAGGUGAGAGACCCGAAUUUGAUCAACGCCGUCAAUUUGGAGCUGAAAAGGAGGGCCACUGAACAGAAUUCGCCUCUGCAACAAACGGAUGAACUUCCGCCGAAGGUAUGACUUGAUUCACAAAGUUAUUACCUAACAUGAGGAACUCGGAAUCAAUGAGGAAGUUCUAGAAAGAUUUUUGAAGUUUAAAAGAUAGUAGUGAAUAUAUCGUUUUCAUUGGUUAGCGGCUUCUACAAGAAACAAAUGAUCUUUAGAUUUUAAUCUUCAAUGAAAUGAGAUUACGUUCUUUAGAGUAGUUUUUUUCCAAUUUGGUUUUUCACAAUCAAACGAACCGUUUCAAUCGGAAGGUUUUAUUUUAGAGCGAUUUUUUUUAUUCUAAAACAUAUAUAAGGAAUUUUCAGUGGAGGUACCCUUCAGAACUUUGAAAGGAUUUUUCUAUCUUCUUGAACAUUUCUAAGACUUCCCAGGACGACAACGAUGAAGUCGCCGUCACGGUGAAAGUCGUCGAGAAGCGGGUAAUCGAACCGGCGGCGAUGGAAGUUGCUUCAGUCGCCUACAUGAUCAUUUUCGGAUCAUCCGCUAAUAAUUUCGUCGACGGCAUGAGCAUGGGUACCUCUUUGGGUGAAGCUCGAAAGUUUUUGAAAAUUUGUAGGAGCCGCCUUUUCUGACAAUCUUCUCCGAGGCUUGAGCAUUGGCAUCGCCGUCAUUUCUCAACAGUUUCCUCAAGAACUUGGUGAGAACAAAGAUUUCAGUAUUUAAAAAAUCGGUCACCGUGGCUUGAGCCAAGAGACGAAGAAUUUUUUCGAUUUCUCUACGAAACAAUUACGAAAUAGUGUGCAUGAAGUAUAGGUAGGCAGCUUUCCCUGGCUUGAAAGCCGACAGACGCAUGUCUUCCAUAAUAACGCGGUUGGGUAUGUGAAUAGGCGUGAUUGACUAAAUGACCAAGUAAAGAGUCCGAAUUCCUCAAACUAUAAUCAACCUUCUCGACUCCGCCUCUGCUACUCCGCAUUCGCUGCCCCCUCGGACGUCGAUUAGCUGAGCUCACGCGCGCCUUCUGCAUCUCCUUACCCGAAUAUGAUAAAGUUUACACAGAAAAAUAUAUAAAAAGUGGAGCGGGGUUGAGCUCGUCUAGUCGUCAUCCGAGGGUGGCGACGAAUGCGAGAGGUGGAGUCGACGGUUGAUUAUAGUCUGAGUAAUUCAGACUCUUUUAUACUCUUUACUUGGUCUAAUUUUUCACGUCACUCCUAUUCACAAGGUCAAAAGUUCCAUUUUCCACAUUUUAUUAGUUACACAAUUUCAAGGAGUUCUGGCGAUCCUGAUCAAGUCGGGCUUGGGUCUGAAACGAACGUUGCUCUUCAACAUGGUGCCGAUCAUCCUCAGCUACCUUGGAUUCGGCGUCGGUGUACUGCUUGACAGCGUCGACGACACCUACGAUCAGUACAUCUUUGCCGUUUCUUCCGGCAUGUACAUGUACAUCUUCUUGGGCACUUUGGUUUGUUCAAGGAGACAUUACGACUAGGAGUAUUAGUAUGUGAGAGUUUCAUGUCACCUUUUUCUAGUUUCAUGUCACCUUUUUCCAUUGAGCGUUAAAUAAUAUAAGUUGUUAGAUGAUCAAAAAACCUUGAUGUUGUUUUCAUAAUUAGUUAGUAAGACAACUCGUUGAUUAAGAUUGUUCAGUUGAUUGAGCUGAAAAACAGAAAACGAAAACUGCCGGAAAUUUAGAUUGUUCUCGCAAAAAACGUUUUUUUUUUAAUGAACAAUUCAAGUAGGAAGUUAUUUUAAGUUGUUUAAGAUGGACUACAGGGCCAGAUAAGAAUUUUCAAAUUUCAGAUUCCUGAGAUUCGAGAUUCGACCAACGAGCUGAUCAAGGAGAACCUGGUGGAAAGUAUGAUCGUCACUGCCUUACAAUUCUGCGGAAUCGCCUUUGGCACAUCGUUUAUGUUCUAUAUGAGUGGAGUAGGCGACGUUGAGCUCGCGUAA